AUGGCCACUACUGCUAUUGUAUUUAUGUUAGUUGCGAUCUGGCAUCUUGGAGGGACAAAAGAUGUUGAUGACACUGACUUUAACAAUCUCAUGGAUAGGGUUCUCAGCUUGGAAAGAGUGCUUCAGGCCCGGGGCAACAAGAAUGCAAAAUUACAGACAGAUAUCAAGCUAAUGAAAAACGAAAAUCAGCAUCUUAAGGAUUCUAUGAACAGCCUCCAGUCAAUCCUAAAUGAUCACCCCAGUGAUGAAAAGGACUUCAAAUCAAAAUUGUUGUCACCAAUGAAUGAUAAUCAUUAUAACGCCGCAUCUGGCACAGAGACAAUUCAAACUGUCGUGUGCCCCCAGGCAUGCAGGGGACUCCCAGGUAGGGAUGGUAGAGAUGGUACACCUGGGAAUGAUGGGAAUCCAGGCACAGAUGGGAAUCCUGGCGAUGAUGGGAAGCCCGGAAAUGAUGGAAAUCCUGGCAGAGAUGGGACGCCAGGCAAUAAUGGAAAUCCUGGCAGAGAUGGGAAUCCUGGCAGAGACGGUAAUCCUGGAACAGAGGGAAAACCAGGCAAAGAUGGCAGAGAUGGUUUACAUGGCCAAGACGGAAAAGAUCUCCAGGGUCCUCCCGGUCCCGCUGGCCCACCUGGUCCUUCUAUGACAGACGACCAA